AUGUUUCCCCUCUCUUGUUCUCAUUCAUGUUUAUAUGUUCUUUCUAUUUCUUUUUCUUCCCAUUCUCGGGCGUCAGAAUAUGUCAUUGAUCUAUCUAUCUAUCUAUCUAUCUAUCUAUCUAUCUAUCUAUCUAUCUAUCUAUCUCAGUUUCUUCAUUAUCUAUCUAUCUAUCUAUCUAUCUAUCUAUCUAUCUAUCUAAGUUUCUUCAUUAUCUUCAUUCUAUUCAUAUCUAUCUAUCUAUCUAUCUAUCUAUCUAUCUAUCUAUCUAUCUAUCUCUCAGUUUCUUCAUUAUCUAUCUAUCUAUCUAUCUAUCUAUCUAUCUAUCUAUCUAUCUAUCUAUCUAUGUGUGUGGGUCCCGGCUGCGACAAACGAAUGGUUACGGUAACCCUUGAUCAAUCACCACCACCUCCCCGACACUUUACUGCCCUCCUCCUUCCUUCCUUCCUUCUUCCUCCUCCUUCAUCCUUUUGGCAUACUUAA